AUGGGGCGGCUGCACCACUGCGGCCAGUCAUGUCGUUUUUCUCCAUUUUCUGAAUCUCUUAUUGCGGUGGCGUCUUCGCAUCUUUUUGGCAUGGCUGGUCCUGGUGCAGUGGAGGUUUUUCAGAUGCAUGCAACACCUGAAUCUCCUUCUUCUCUUGUCUCAGAUACACCAGCAGCUCCAUCUCCUGCAAUUCUUGCUACCCGUGUUGACGCACAGGCGCGAGCUGAGGACGUGCUGCAGCCUCAGCGUGUUGCAAUGUUGAACCACAAACAAGCAGUUAACGAUGUAGCGUGGUCGGAGCUGAAUGCGCACACGCUGGUAGCAGGGGGAGCGGGGGGCAGCAUGACAGUAUGGCAGCUCUCUGCAGCAGCAACAGCAGCAGCAACAGUAGCAAUGCCAGGACUCUCUGCCACGAGAGGCGAAGAAGGAGGCAAGGCAAUAGCAGAGGUGCAGGGACACCGCCGCGACCUUACAAGCUUGAGCUGGAGUUGCGUAGAGAAGCGGCUGCUCUUCUCCUCCGGGCUUGACGGGGAGGUGCAAGUCCGUGACGUGCAGCAGCACUGGGAGUCCCCAGUGUUGGUGCUGCAGCACAGCAGCAAACCUGCUUCUUGUUUCUGCUGCUCGUCUCCUGCAGACGCAGCACUUGUCGCCUCUGUGGGGGCUGAUGGCCGGCUUCUGCUCCAUGACUUGAGGAGGGCUGCCCCCAAUUCUUCCCGUUGCGGUGUACAGACACCUACAGCAGCAUGGGCAGUGCAUGCACAUCCUUGCGAAGUCCUCUCUGUUGACUGGAUGAAGCACAGACCUUGGCUGCUGCUUACAGGUGCAGCUGACGGCACGGUGGGUCUAUGGGACGUACGUAAGGGUACAGACGCAGCCGCUUCUUCUCCUACUGCUGCAGCAGCAGCAGCAGCAGCUACUGCUGCUCCUAGCCGCAUCUCGUCUACCCAGGCACACCAACUAGCCGUAAGACGGGUCGUCUCCCACCCCUUCAAUGCCCAACGAUUUGCCUCUUGUUCUUAUGAUAUGCAUGUAAAGGUAUGGGAUACUGACGAGGGUUCAACUAUAACCCUUGCUGCAUGCAAAGAAGAAGGAUCUCAACAACCAGCAGCAGCAGCAGCAGCAGCAACAUCCAACAGCAGCAGCAGUAGUAGUAGUAGUAGUAGUAACAGCAGUAACAAUAACAGGACAUUGCCUUCUCCAUGGAUACCUGGAUCAGGGGCAGCAGCAGCAGCAGCAGCUGCUGCUGCUGCCGAGUAUACUGUAGCAACAAUGCAUGCAGGGAGCAGCAAGAGACGAAUAGCAGCAAGAAGGAACAAACCUUAG